CAUUGAUAUCGAUCAUUCGUAAGGCGGGAAAUUCAAUUUGGACUUGUAAUCGAUUUCCUUGGCUGGCGCCAGUAACACCACCUUGGCAUGGAGAGCACGACACUAUUUUUACCAAAUUCUCUCCAUAGCUCGAUCGGCGGAGUCGCUCCCAGAAAUAAAGGCUGCAUAUCACAAGAUGCUUCGGCGCUCCUGUUGGGACCUAGGCCGGUUAUCUAUCUAUCUACAGCACUGCCCAGACAAGAAUUUCUUUCACAAGGAAAGCCGAACCUGCAUAGAUAUUCUGUUCCGUGACACAGGUAUGAUGUCAAGAUCCUUCCAAACAGAGUUACAGGAUGGUCGGCUGGCACAGGGUCAUCUUGGUUUUGAUGAGGAAGCGUUGAUGAAAGGUUUAGACCAUUCGGUGUGGGUGCACAAAUGCCGCUGCGGCGUCUACGCAAUAACAGACAAGUAAAUGGAAUUCGGAUAUCAUUCUAUCGCUUGCAGCAGCUGCUCCGAGGUCAUAUGGGUCGAAUACGAGUUUGUGGUGCGAGCAGAAGCUUAUCUAAAUUGGGGUGUAUCAAUCAGUGUUGUGUCGAGGGAGCCGAGGUCAGGCACAAAGUCAGGGACAAGAACCUUUUCCUAUAGCCUUCGGUAUGGCUCAUAGGACUCGCCAGUCUAUAUCACCUGGACCUGGUUAUCACCACGCCUUCGUAUUGUGUUCACGCUGAGAUUUAAGC